AUCAUCCUUUUCUUCUCUACUUUUUAGUUCAAAAUGGGUCGCCGUCCAGCAAGAUGUUAUAGAUACUGCAAGAACAAGCCCUACCCCAAGAGCAGAUUCUGCCGUGGUGUCCCCGAUGCCAAGCUCAGAAUCUACGAUCUUGGUCGUAAGAAGGCUCCUGUCGAUGACUUCCCUCUUUGCAUCCAUCUCGUCUCCAACGAAUAUGAACAACUUUCCGCUGAAGCUCUUGAAGCUGGUCGUAUCUGCUGUAACAAGUAUAUGGCCAAGACCAGUGGUAAGGACUCCUUCCACAUGCGUAUCCGCGUCCAUCCUUUCCACGUCACCCGUAUCAACAAGAUGUUGUCUUGCGCUGGUGCCGAUAGAUUGCAAACCGGUAUGCGUGGUGCUUUCGGUAAGCCCAACGGUCUUGUAGCCCGUGUCAACAUUGGUCAGAUCAUCUUCUCCGUUCGCUCCAAGGACAACAACAAGGCUGUUGUCGUUGAGGCUCUCAGACGUUGCAAGUACAAGUUCCCUGGUCAACAGAAGAUCAUUGUCUCCAAGAACUGGGGUUUCACCAAGUUGACUCGCGAGGAAUUCGUCGAGGCUCGUGCCGAAGGCAAGAUCAGAAACGAUGGUUGCCACGUCAAGUACCUCUCCACCAAGGGUCCCCUUAACACCUACUUCCGCCAGGCCCUCAAGGCUUAAGUAGUUUGUAACCUUAGUUGAGCU